GCUUGUUAAUUGCACUUUGGCAGCUCCGUAAUAAAGCACGCAGCUGAACGACAUUUCGCGAGAAGACGCACAGGGCGCAAAAUGUUGUCAACGCUGGGAAGCUACAUUUGGGGCAGCUCGGAAAGCGACAACCCUCUGACGGAAGUUAGCUUGACGAUCAAUGGGAAACCGUACACGGUUGCAGCAAAAACGGUCCCCGUCGGUACGUCGCUCAACAGCUUCAUUCGAAACCAGGCCCAUUUGACCGGCACCAAGUUUAUGUGCCUGGAAGGAGGCUGCGGUGCUUGUGUUGUGAACCUGAGUGGGCUUCACCCGGUGUGGAAGGAGAAGAAAACAUGGGCGGUCAACUCGUGCCUUUUUCCGGUGUUUGCCUGCCACGGGCUGGACGUGAAAACGGUCGAAGGGAUUGGCAACAAGAAGGACGGUUACCACCCGAUCCAGCAGCGGUUGGCCCAAUUCAAUGGCACGCAGUGCGGAUAUUGCUCGCCCGGUAUGGUCAUGAACAUGUUCAGCCUGAUGGAAGCCAACCACGGAGCGGUCUCGAUGGAAGAUGUGGAGAACGCUUUCGGGGGCAAUAUCUGUCGCUGCACCGGCUACCGUCCAAUUCUGGACGCGUUCAAGUCGCUCACGGUUGAUGCCGAUGACCGGCUGCUGGACGCCUGCCAGGACAUCGAAGACCUACCGAAGAGCUGCCCGCGCACGGGUAACGCGUGCUCCGGUGGCAAGUGUCCUUCUGCGGCGGCAGACUUGAAGCGCCCGGUUCGGUUGCUGUUCGAGGAUGAUCGCGAGUGGCACAAAGUGUCGCGCAUGGACGAUAUUUUCGCCAUCUUGGACACGAUCGGUACCAAACCGUACAUGUUGGUCGCGGGAAACACGGCCCACGGUGUUUAUCGUCGCAGCAAAGAGCUGCAGGUGUUUAUCGACAUCAACGCCGUCGAAGAGCUGCACGCGCACACGCUGGGUGCCAACGAACUGGCGGUCGGUGGGAACGUUUCGCUUGGGGAGUUUAUGCAAAUUCUGGACACCACCGCCACCCAUCAGCCGCACUUUUCGUACUGCAAAGAGCUGGAACGUCACAUCGAUCUGAUCGCCAAUGUGCCGGUUCGCAGCGCGGGAACGAUUGCCGGUAAUUUGAGUAUCAAGAAUCAGCACCACGAGUUUCCGUCCGAUAUGUAUCUGCUGCUGGAGGCCGUCGGAGCGCAGCUAACGAUCGCUGAAACCGGUGGCAAAAUUACGCAGGCAAUGCCGGCCGAGUUCGUUCGGAUGGACAUGCAGAAGAAGGUGCUGAAGACGGUCACACUGCCAGCACUCGAUCCGUCGCGGUACUGCUUCCGAUCGUUCAAAAUCAUGCCCCGAUCGCAAAACGCUCACGCGUACGUCAACGGUGCGUUCCUCGCCAAGCUGUCCACCGAUCAGCUGACCGUGGAGUCGAUCAGGAUUUGCUUCGGAGGCAUCAAUCCCGACUUUACACAUGCCACCCAAACCGAAACGCUGCUCGUGAGAAAGAAGCUGUUCGACGAGGGCACAAUCCAGGCCGCGAUGACCCAGCUCGGCAGCGAGCUGAAACCGGACUGGGUUCUGCCGGAUGCAUCCGAAGAGUACCGCAGAAACCUGGCGAUGGCAUUGUUCUACAAAUUUCUGCUUAGCAUCGCACCCGAGGGAACGGUACGGAUGAAUCCUUCCUAUCGCUCGGGCGGUACGGUUCUCGAGAGACCGCUGUCCUCCGGUCACCAGACAUUCGACACGUACGAGAAGAACUGGCCACUGACAAAGAACAUCCCGAAGAUCGAAGCCCUAGCCCAGACGGCUGGUGAAGCGAAGUUUACCAACGAUUUACCGCCGCUGCCCGGUGAGCUGUACGCAGCGUUCGUGAUCGCCACUCGGCCACACUCACGGAUUGCCAAGAUUGAAACAGCCGACGCACUGAAAUCUCCCGGAGUGGUCGCCUUCUACUCGGCGAAGGACAUCCCCGGCACGAACAACUUUAUGCCAGCCAGCCUUGGCAACACGGAAGUGGAGGAGAUCUUCUGCAGCGGCCAGGUACUCUACCAUGGGCAGCCGGUUGGGGUGAUUGUGGCCGAAACGUUCGAGCAGGCGUAUCAGGCGGCCCCACUGGUCAACGUGAUCUACGAAAAGGCACUCUCGAAACCGAUCUACCCGACACUGAAGUCACUCGUCGACGCGCGUCGAUCGCAAGAUCGUGUCUUCACGCCGGGUGCCAGCAAGCGUGGCUCUGCCUAUCGGGUCAAUGUGAGCGCUACCAAGAAGAUCGCCGGCCGUUUCGAGAUGACAGGUCAAUACCACUACACGAUGGAGACGCAAACGUGUGUCUGCGUGCCGAUCGAGGACGGGAUGGAUGUGCACUGCUCGACGCAGUGGGUCGACCUGUGCCAGGUGGCCAUCGCUUCGAUGCUGAAGGUGCCAGAGAACAGCCUCAACUUUACCGUCCGACGGUUGGGUGGUGGAUACGGUGCAAAGAUAUCGCGGUCCACUCAGGUUGCGUGUGCCUGUGCUCUGGCAGCUCACAUGCAGAACCGUCCCGUACGGUUCGUGCUGACGAUCGAGUCGAACAUGGGCUCGAUCGGGAAGCGUUACGGUUGCAUCAGCGAUUACGAGGUGGAACUGGACGCCGGUGGCCGCAUCGUGAAGCUGACUAACACCUACUUGCAAGACUACGGGGCAUCGCUGAACGAAUCGGUCAGUGCGGCGACGACGGAGUUCUUCAACAACUGCUACGAUACGCGCACGUGGAAGGUCGUGGGAAAGGAGGCCAAAACGGACGCACCCAGCAACACGUGGUGCCGGGCGCCCGGAACCACCGAGGGUAUCGCGAUGAUCGAGACCAUAAUGGAGCACAUCGCGUGGGAAACGGGACUGGACCCGCUGGAGCUGCGGCUCACCAACAUGCCGCAGGGGCUCAAAAUGCGUGAACUGUUGCCACAGUUCCGGACGGACGUGGAGUACGAGCAGCGCAAGGUGGCGAUCGGCCAGUUCAACGACAGCAAUCGGUGGCGCAAGCGUGGCAUAGCCGUCUCGCUCAUGCGCUACCCACUGGGGUACUUUGGGGCACUCCACGCCCUGGUGGCCAUUCACGCCGGUGAUGGAACCGUCUCGGUGACGCACGGCGGCAUCGAGAUGGGCCAGGGCAUGAACACCAAGGCGGCUCAGGUGGCGGCUUUCGUGCUGGGGUUACCGCUGGAGAAAAUCUCCAUUAAACCGACCACUAGCCUGACGUCCCCGAACGCCAUCGUUACCGGUGGCAGCAUGACGAGUGAAGCCGUCUGCUACGCGGUGAAGAAAGCGUGCGAAACACUGGUCGAACGAGUGAAGCCGGUCCGUGAGGCAAACCCGAAUCUACCGUGGGAGACCAUCACUCAGCUGUGUUACGGUGGGAACGUGGAUCUGUGCGCCUCGUACCAGUACAAAGCGACGGACCUGAAACCGUACAUUAUCUGGGGUCUGAGCUGUGCCGAGGUGGAAGUUGACGUUCUGACCGGCAACGUUCAGCUGCGCCGUGUCGACAUCCUUGAGGACACGGGCGAAAGUAUGAGCCCCGGUAUCGACGUCGGACAGAUCGAAGGAGCAUUCGUCAUGGGCAUCGGCUACUGGCUAACCGAAUCGCUCGUCUACAACAUGGAAGAUGGGGCACUCCUCACGAACCGCACCUGGACGUACAAACCACCGGGCGCGAAGGACAUUCCGAUAGAUUUCCGCGUGCGCUUCCUGCAGAAAAGUUCGAACCCAGCCGGAGUGCUGCGCUCGAAGGCCACCGGCGAACCGGCGCUCAACAUGUCAAUCGUGGUGCUGUUUGCCCUUCGGAAUGCGCUCCGUGCAGCGCGAAAGGAUGCAGGACUGGCUGACAAUUGGAUACCGAUGGGGCCGGCAUCCACGCCGGAUCAGGUGUUUAUGCUGGCGGGAAAUGCCACCGAACAGUACAAGUUGACAUGAAUGGGCAUGUGAGCUCGAAAAAAUCUCUUCUUUUUACCUGGUGCUGGUAUUAUGGUUUUUCCAUUCAUUGGAUUAUGACAAAACGAUUCAAUAAAGUAA